CAUACUUGUAACUAUGUUCCUUCCUACCAGUCACGCUGUUGAAUCCUCGUCAUAUUCGCCACCACCGUGCCAGCAGUUUACCUUUUCUCAGAUUGAACUCGCGACCCGAGGCUUUGAUGAGUCAUUGGUGAUCGGACGUGGGGGGUUUGGCAGAGUUUAUAGAGGAACCAUCACAAGUGGGGCAACUCUUUUGGAUGCUGCAAUUAAGCGGCUGGAGUCAACUUCUAACCAAGGAGCAGUAGAAUUUUGGGCUGAAAUUGAGAUGCUCUCAAACUUAAGGCACUCCCAUUUGGUAUCUUUAAUUGGUUACUGCAAUGAGGGGAAAGAAAUGAUUCUUGUAUAUUGGAAUGAAUUUAUUGAGAGAGAGGCCGAAAGUUUCUUAUUAGGAACCAUCACAAGUGGGGCAACUCUUUUGGAUGCUGCAAUUAAGCGGCUGGAGUCAACUUCUAACCAAGGAGCAGUAGAAUUUUGGGCUGAAAUUGAGAUGCUCUCAAACUUAAGGCACUCCCAUUUGGUAUCUUUAAUUGGUUACUGCAAUGAGGGGAAAGAAAUGAUUCUUGUAUACGAAUAUAUGCCCAAUGGAACUCUUGAAGAUCGGCUCCACAAACGUCGAGCACCUCUAACUUGGGUGCGAAGACUUAAGAUAUGCAUAGGUGCUGCUCGCGGUUUAGAUUACUUGCACACUAGGACGGGUAUUAUGCACGGAGUUAUACAUCGCGACGUUAAGAGCUCAAAUAUAUUGUUAGACGACAAUUGGGUAGCUAAGAUUUCAGACUUUGGGUUGUCCAAAAUUGUUCCAAGGAAUCAACCAUCUACUUACGUUAGCACUUUUGUGAAGGGGACGUUUGGGUAUCUAGAUCCAGAUUACUUUCAAACAGGUAGGCUGACUCGAAAGUCCGAUGUGUAUGCGUUUGGGGUGGUGCUGUUUGAAGUCUUAUGUGGGAAACAAGCAGUGGAUAGAAGUAUUGAUGAGGAACAAUGGGGUUUGGCAACAUGGGCUCAAGACUCCAUUGAGGAAGGAAGGCUAGAGCAAAUUGUUGAUUCUAAUUUAAGGGGGAGAAUAUUCCCUAAAUGUUUAAAGGAGUUUGCACUACUUGCUGAGCGGUGUCUGCAUGGCCGUCCUAAGCAACGCCCUACCAUGACCGAGGUUGUGGAGGGUCUUGAGUCUAUCCUAGUCUUACAAGAGAAAACCGACAGUACAUGGGUACCGACAUUUCUCUUUCCCUCCAAUCACAAAAUUGGAAGUACACGUUUAAAAUCCUUGGAUAUAUACCUCUACAGUGUUGGAGGUGAAGACCGAUUAGUACAGCGGUUUGAUUUUGAUACCAUCGUUUAUGCAACUGAAAAUUUUUCUGAAGCUAAUAAGAUUUUGUCCUGCACGUACGAGUCCAUGUACAAGGGGCGGCUACAAAAUGGACAAGAUAUAACAAUCACUCAAUAUUCCUAUGCCAGAACAUACGAAGAAUGUAUGAAUGAAGCAUCAAUGCUUGUAAAGUUUGAACAUGAAAAUGCGAUUCAGCUGCUUGGGUAUUGUAUUCACAGAAGAAAGAUGUACCUCCUCUAUGACUUUGCACCUUAUGCUACUCUGGACGGCUUGAUUUUUGAUCCUCAGUGUAAUCUUCUGGACUGGAAUACGCGGUACAAAAUAAUUUUAGGUGUAGCUAGGGUACUUGUAUACCUUCAUAAUCAUGCUCCCAUUCAGAUCAUACAUCGUGAUGUGGAACCUUCAAACAUUCUUUUGGAUGAAAGUUUUGACCCCAAACUGUCGGGUUUUGGGUUAGCAACCGCGAUCAACAAGACUGACAGCAUUCAUGUUGAUCAGAUUUGUGGGACUUACGGAUACAUGGCACCUGAAUAUGCAAUUCAUGGGUUUCUGUCAGCCAAGGCAGAUGUCUUUAGUUUCGGUGUGCUGGUUUUGGAAAUUGUAACUGGGAAAAGGUCAACAGACGUGGGCGGAAGUGUUAAAAGAUAUGUUAAGAGAAAUUGGGUGGAAGGAACAUUGUCAAAUAUAAUUGAUCCCAGAAUUCAUGUUGAUUUAAUCUUGAUGACAAAAUUCAUGGAGGUUGGGUUGUUAUGUGUUCAAAGAAAUGCAGCGGUUAGGCCAACAAUGGAGGAAGUUGUUGACAUGCUGGUUGGCACCGCAUCUUUAACUCUCCGUGUGUCAGAAAUGCGAGCAAGGAGGAGUCUACAGCGCACUGAAGCUGAAGAUAGUGAUACCGGUGAAGUUGAAGAAUUUAUAUCAGAGUUAUGCCCAAGAUAAUGCAUUGAAGUGAUACAAAGUGACUAGUGUUAUUUCUAGUUUAACACGUUUUAUUUUUUUUUUCUUGGAAGCAAGUGGCAAACCAUAUAUGGUUAAGGCCCUCAUAUUCAUGAUCUUCCAACAAUAUGUUUUGUCAAUGUUGACAUCUUUACAUGUAUGGUUAAAG